AUGCAGACCAUAAAGUGUGUGGUGGUGGGUGACGGUGCGGUGGGAAAGACUUGCCUGUUGAUCUCCUACACCACCAACAAGUUCCCUUCGGAAUACGUCCCCACGGUGAGUGGCACUGGAGUGUUGUCAAGAGAGGUUUUGAGCGGAGUGUCAGGGUUUGUCAAGUAUCUAGGCUAGGGGGUAUGCAACAGGAGGCGCUGCAGUUUGUGCCGUUUGCUCCAGACCAUUUAUAAUAUAUAAUAAUAAUAUAAUAUAUAAUAAUAUAUUUAAUAUAAUAUAUGCCAUUUAGCAGACGCUUUUAUCCAAAGCGACUUACAGUCAUGCGUGCAUACAUUUUUUUUUUUUUUGUGUGUAUUUCUAACACAUCUUUGAUUCAACUAAUCGAUUUUAAACCACUAUUGGAUGAAUCAGGUGUGUUAGUGCUGGGCAGGAACAAAAGCCUCCACACACAGUCUGUCAUUCUUUAUGGCUGGAGUUGCCAAUCAUUGGUCUGUGCAGAAUCUCAAAUAUAGAAUGGGUUUUGAUGACAAUGUAUUUGUUUUAUAACUGAAAAGAGGAACGCCUUGAGGAAGAGCCAAACCCAUAAGGAAGUGGUUAUGGACCAAAAAGCAUGAGUCAGGCUACAAGCCUUUUCAUACUAUUUGCCAAAAAGGGAUGAAAACCGACAACUCAGUCCAACUGAAAUAAAGAAAUACAGUAGGUAGCCAGGAAUGGGUAACUUUGAUGGGGGUGGGGGCCACAAAAAAUCUUAACUUAUCAUGGGGGGCAGCAGUUGAUCACGGGUCUGCGUACCCACAACCAUACCCCCCCAUAGGGCGGAGAGGAAUGUUUGCAGUUUUUAAUAUGAUAUCUGAGUGAAACUGACUAACAAAAUCAAUGGGGAUGGACGGUAAUUCGACCAUGCUAACAAGUUUAGAUAGCUGGCCACUAAACUAAAAUGUUUAGCUGACAUGGGCUAAUUGCCUGACAUAACAAGAGAAAUUGCUGAUGCACAACCAAAUUUCGAAAUUGCACCUUGUGUAUUCUAACUCGGAACAAUAAGUUGAGACCCUGACUGAGUUCCCCCGGUGGCGGGGAUUUAUCAGAGGGCCUUCAAAAGGGGGGCCGCCAGUUGCACAUCCCUGAUGUAGCCUAAUCCUGUAGCUCACCGAGUUGGGACUCAGCACAGCAAUGGGGUGCUGCAGACGGUGUGUGAUGAGUAGCUGUUUCUAUCAGACCCAUCUCUCUCUCUGGCAGUAAUCAGCACAGUGCUGUACCAGAGCCUGGCAGAGAGAGAGUCUGUCGACUCAGCCCUCUCUGUCCUCUGCCCAGUCAGGCCCAACGGGGUUUCAAAUUGUUGGCCCAUAAAACAGACACCAACUGUCUCCAUGACAUUUCUCUGUCUGUCUAUACAGUGCAACAGUGCACUCUUCUCAUAAGAAUCACGUGUAAAUUUAAGAUUUUUUAUUCUAAGCAGAUUACUCUCAAAAACAAUGCACAUGGUGUUGACAACUACUGGUUGGUUUGAUUUGGUAGGUAUUGAAAUACUCUUACAUGUCAUACAUGUAAAGAAAUAGGCUGAGAACCUACAACCGCCUACUGUAGACUUAUAAUGGAUGUAUGUAGUGCAUUCUUAUAACCUUUCAUUUAUUGGUGAAUACAGUUCUUGUACUACUGCAUUUGGGAGUUGAAACAUCUGAAUAUUGGUGUAGUGUGGACAGUCACCGUUGUAGAGGCAGGUUUUUUUUACCCACCAGUUUCUCUGUUAUUAGUCCUAGCUCUGUCCAAACAUAUUAUCGUCAUGACGGUCAGAGAUAUGUUUUUGACUUUGCUUGGUUGCUCUUCAGUGUGUUCUGCCUGCUGCGCCUUUCCACUGCGUGCCCCACCGCCUCACUCUUUUUAUGUCUAAACUUGAACUGCCCUAAGAAGCCCUGCCUCCCAUGGUUUCUCAACCCAAUAGAGACAAACUGUUCUCCCUCUGGAUCAGAGAAUGCAUUAGCUGACCAAGGGUGUGUGGAAGACUGAAUGGUUGCAUCUUAAUAGUCGAAAGUGUCUUCCUCAUCUCCUCGCUUUCAUCUGUCUCCACUGAUGUGUAAACACAUACAGUUGAAGUCGGAAGUUUACAUACACUUAGGUUGGAGUCAUUAAAACUCGUUUUUCAACCACUUCACACAUUUCUUGUUAACAAACUAUAGUUUUGGCAAGUCGGUUAGGACAUCUACUUUGUGCAUGACACAAGUAAUUUUUCCAACAAUUGUUUACAGACAGAUUAUUUCACUUAUAAUUCACUGUAUCACAAUUCCAGUGGGUCAGAAGUUUACACUAAGUUGACUGUGCCUUUAAACAGCUUGGAAAAUUCCAGAAAAUGAUGUCAUGGCUUUAUAAGCUUCUUAUAGGCUAAUUGACAUCAUUUGAGUCAAUUGGAGGUGUACCUAUGGAUGUAUUUUAAGGCCUACCUUCAAACCCAGUGCCUCUUUGCUUGACAUCAUGGGAAAAUCAAAAGAAAUCAGCCAAGACCUCAGAAAAAUAAUUGUAGACCUCCAAGUCUGGUUCAUCCUUGGGAGCAAUUUCCAAACGCCUGAAGGUACCACGUUCAUCUGUACAAACAAUAGUACGCAAGUAUAAACACCAUGGGACCACACAGCCAUCAUAACGCUCAGGAAGGAGACGAACGUACUUUGGUGCGAAAAGUGCAAAUCAAUCCAAGAACAACAGCAAAGGACCUUGUGAAGAUGCUCGAGGAAAACAGGUACAAAAGUAUCUAUAUCCACAGAAAAAUGAGUCCUAUAUCGACAUAACCUGAAAGGCCGCUCAACAAGGAAGAAGCCACUGCUCCAAAACUGCCAUAAAAAAGGCAGACUACGGUUUGCAACUGCACAUGGGGACAAAGAUCGUACCUUUUGGAGAAAUGUCCUCUCAUCUGAUUAAACAAAAAUAUAACUGUUUGGACAUAAUGACUGCACAAGGCCGGAACGUUGUCAGGAAUCUCCCACCCAAAUUGAAGGAAUGUCGCUCAUGGUCCACACUACAAAGACAAACAUGUACUCUAAAGUAAUAGAAGUUAACACUGUUACUCAUUCCCAGGUGACAGCCAUAAAUGACUCCUUUUUAAUAUAAUACCUAAAGAUGGCAGCAUUGAUUAGUGUUUAACACUAAUUGACAUUUUCCAAAGCAAUGGCAAGAACUGGAUACACCAUUUUCAGUCCCUUUUUUGCACCCCACCUAAGUAAUGGUAGGAGAAACAUUGGUUGGGCUAAAGAGAGAGUGUUUGGAGGACAGGGUUAGAAUUUUCCUUAAGUUUGCUGGGAAAAAAAAAAAAAAGCUUGGAAACUAUUCUGCCCUAUGGGAGUCACUGUCUACGCAGCAUUGUGUGAUGGAGACGAAACAUGAGAAAUGUCAAUGCCAUUCAGCAGCAUUUGGGACAAAGCGUAGUGGUUUCGUCAGCACAUAUAAAUGAGCUGAGUCAGACAGUUUCUCAUUCUUACUGAAGAGUAGGUGGUUUCAUUGCCUCUACAGGGAGGCACCUUCAAAGGAACAAGAACGCCGUGAAACAUUCGUUAUCCAACCUAAACGAUACCCUACUUACACAACACAAGAACGCUACGCAAAAUGGCGUUAUUGCGUCAAGUUAUGAAUGUCGGGGCUCCACGCGUCUACGUAGUGUCACUAUGCAAUACCAUUUUUUACGUAGCUACUUGUAGUUCUUCCAUGCGUACAUAUGGUAUAAAUCAGGGCUUACUUAGUUGACAACAUGGUUCCCUUUGACCAACUACCACUCUGUCAUAGACCGUUCUGUGAAGGGAACUAAAGUGGGGGAUUUCCAUGUGGUCUAUAUGAUGGAAUAUUGGCCUAGGUUAUGAAACUGAACCUAGCCACAGCAUGACCCAUAUUCCUGUAUCCAUACGUGUACCAAGUAUGAUGUAUGCCUACUGUAAACUCACGCUCUGUGGAAAGAAAUAAUACAAAAGAAUCCAGUUCAUGUAGAUUGUUCUAAAACCAUUAUUUGGCCAACAGUAAUAGGCCAUGCAUUAUUUUGAUUCCUGCUAUGAAAGUAUCUGCCUCUCCCUAUUUCACUGUCGGCUGCUGACUCUUAUUCCCUCUACCCACUGUGCGCACGGAGGAGAGAGCAAUGCAUUCUGAGAAGCACAAGCAUAUGAACGUUGCUCAAAAUGCUAUUGCGGGGAAAAUACAGUUUUCAAAGCAACUACUGUUCUAGUUACAUAGAGGAGAGUCACAGAUUUCUGUGAGUGUAUAUAACGUAUUUCUCACCUCUUAAUAUUGAGUUCAUGGCACCACUUUACAACCGGAGUAGGCUAUAGUUAGUAUGGUUUUGAUUUGCCCGCGGAGCAGCGCGUGAAAUUUGCAAUGACUAGGCUUAGUAGUUUUUGUUGGACAUUAGCCUUCAUUUACUGAUAGCCAUGUAGGCUAAUUGAUUAAUCAAUCUAGCAACAAUAUCACAUUUAGAGUUAGUAAUCUAGCGAAGUGUCCACUUCCUCAGGUGGUGAAUAAUAUAGCAUAUAGUCCAAAAUGCUCAAAGAUGCCGGCAAAUUCUCUGAAGAGCCCAAAAUAAAUCAGAUCAUUCUGGAUCCAAUUUUGACAGGUUGCACAUCAAAAUAUCAAUGAUGCAUUUCCUGGAUAUGUUGGAUGAAACGGCUUACUUUUUGAAUCAUAGGCUACCAUCUCAGUUGUCUUACUUGGCACUGGAAUACAAUUGUUUAGAGCCCUGCUGCUAAUGUAAAGAAACUGUCCCUUAUAUGUAUAUUGUUGUAUUUGUUAUCGAGCAAAAUAGUUACAUUUAUCACAAUAUGGAUUGUUGGCUAUAUCGCCCAGCUCUACUGUAUGGUACAAUACUUUCUGCUGCAGGGAUUAUUAACUAGAUUCAGCCGCCGGAUGUUUUUUUUCUUGAGCGGAUGAUCAGGGGGCCAGAAUGUAAUUACAAACAAUUAGACUGCAAAUUGACCACAAGAAGCGCAAACUGAUAUAAUAUUUGACUAAAACAUAAUAAUUUCAAAAAUUCCUUACAUUUGUAUAAACUGUAUAAUAUACUGUAUCUCUCUAUUAUGCGUUGGAAUACUUUGGAACAGAUUUCCCAAAUUAAAAUAACUUGGAGCAGAUUUGCUGGUGUUUUUACAGUCUUAUGUCCAACAAUUAAAAAGCAUAAUUUUUAUUGCUCAAAAGUUGGGGUGCCAAGUAAAAUCACGGCCCACGGGCCGCCAGCUGGUGAACCCUGUUCUACUGUAGAGUACAGGACUUUCCAGAGGUUUGGAAUGAGGAAAAACCUGUCACUCACUCAUCUGAUAUCUAAUAGUGAAAGAGGAUACUUAACAGAGACAUACUGACACCAGUAUAGUAACAUCAAAAAUAAAGUAUUGAGCAACUUUUAACUUUUAAGCACUGCCUCCAUGUUCAUCAGACAGUUCCAUGGUUGCCAUGGCACAGUGAGGUAGCCUAGGCAGAGAGCUCUGUAAAUAUUGGGUGCGUUUGUAAAGACACACUGGCCAUCUACUCUGAUUUCAGCACUCUCGUCUGAGGGUGCAUUCAUAAAUUCACUCUGGCUAUCUACUCCAAUUUCAGAGCACUCUAGUCUGAAUGUGCCAGAGCGCAGAAUAACUGAGGAAUUUGCGAACGCACAACACCCGUUGAACACCCGUUGUAAUUAAAUUGUUGCCAGCAGCACAGUUACAGUCACCAACGCUCUAGAUAACAUGAAAACAGCCUAACCAGUUCUGCUAGGGCGAGUACAAUGGUCAGAGUGAGGUGUUCUCUCAUUUUGUCUCUGGAAGUAGCUAGCCAACUUUAGCCAGUAGCUUGGGUGCUUGACUGCCGUUGUGUGGUCAGAACGCUCGGAUCAACCCUACUCCUCGGCGAGAGCCUCCAGUGUGUGCUCUGAAGGCUCCGAGAGCGAAGCGCUCUGAAUUUACGAAUGCCCAGAGCGCACUCUGAGCGCACUCUGGCACUCCAGAAUGAAUUUACAAACACACCCAUUGUAUAUGUUUUGUUAUAAAAAAAUGGUAAAUGUUUUGUUACAUUGAAAAAAAAUAUUUGGGGGGUUUUAAUUGCUCUGGGUUUUGUUCACAUACAUCUGGUUGUCUUGACUCACAAAGUUGCAGGGUUUAACGGGUUUAAUCCGGCCCGCGAGAUGAUAAAAAAAAAGUGCUGCAAUUUUUCUAUAAAAUAAACUGCUGUUCCAAUUGCGUCCACUGGAUGGCGCAAUAGCAAUUGUGUUAAGCAAGCAAACUGUUUAUACCGGGGCAGAGCAAGUAGGUCAAGCACGUGCAGCCAAUGAGCUACUUUGUUUUGCCCGCAAUAGUUAUUACGGCUUCUACUUUUAACAUUAUGUGCUUUGGCACCCUCAUUGCCCCAAUAUGUCUCUGUCAAAAAAGAGAAAAGUGGACGCAGAGUGUUCCAAGAAAAAUUGUCAUCCUAUUUAUUCACGGAAUUGAAUGGGAAAGCUGUAUGUUUGGUGUGUUCAGAGCAUGUUGCAGUGCUGAAAGAAUAUAACCUUCGUCGCCACUAUGUGAGUCUUCAUGCCGACAAAUAUGACAACUUUCAAGGACAGCGGAGAUGAGAGAAGGUGAAUGAACUGUUGGCGGGUCUGAAGAAACAGCAGUCUGUGUUUACUCACAGCCGAGACAUCAGUGACGCUGCAGUGAAAGCUAGCUACCUCAUUGCUAAUGAAAUCGCAGUGGCUUCAAAACAUUUAGUGAGGGUGAAUUUGUAAAAACAUGCAUGAUGAAGGCAGCGGAGAUUGUGUGCCCUGAAAAGCGGCAGGCUUUUGCAAAUAUCAGCCUGACAAGAAACACAGUUGCAGACAGGAUUUCCGAUCUUUCAGUGGAUUUGGACAGCCAGUUGAAGCAAAAAGUAAAGUCAUUUAUUGCGUUUUCGGUUGCAAUUGAUGAAAGCACGGACAUUACAGAUGUUGCACAACUGGCCAUUUUCAUCCGCGGAGUUGAUGACACAUUGACCGUCACCGAGGAGUUCGUGGAGUUGGUGCCGAUGACAGAUACGACAGCAGCUGAUAUUUUUACCGCACUCGUCGGCGCGCUGGACAGGGUCGGAGUGGACUGGUCCCGCGCUGUCAGCCUGGCUACAGAUGGUGCGCCCUCAAUGAUCGGGAAAAAAGCAGGCGUUGUGACAAAGUUCAGAGAGAAAGUGCAAUCUGCAAAUGGAGGACGUGAUUUUUUGACUUUUCACUGUAUUUUGCACCAGGAGGCUUUGUCAUUAAAGAUGGAUAACGUCAUGAAGGUGGUCAUCCAAACUGUUAAUUUCAUCCGAUCCAGAAGCCUGAAUCACCGUCAGUUUGACAGCCUUCUCAGAGAGAAAGACCACAUCUAUGGCCUGCCAUACCACACUGAGGUAAGAUGGUUAAGCCGAGGUGUUGUGCUGAGGCGUUUCUUUGAUUUACGAGAAGAAAUUGAACAGUUCAUGGAAGAAAAUGGCAAACCAGUGUUAGAAUUUCAUUCCGCAGAAUGGAUGCAGGACCUUGCAUUUAUGGUGGAUGUUACAGAGCACCUGAAUAACUUGAACAAACAGCUGCAAGGGCGCAACAAAGUUGUCACCCAGUAUUAUGACAGCAUACGUUCUUUCAAGUUGAAGCUGUCAUUGUGGGAGACGCAACUUGCCGGUGGUGAUGCAGCUCACUUCCCCUGUCUGAAAAAUGUGUGCGCGACCCAACAUGUGGCAGACAUGAAGCGGUUCAAAGAUAAAAUAACGGGACUGUUACGGGAGUUUGAGCAACGCUUUCAGAUUUAUGUUUAUAUGUUUUUAUGUUGAUGUGCUAUUGUUUUUAAUUGUUUUUAUUUUAUUUGUAUAUUUAACCUAUUCUUGACUCUGUGGUUCUUGCACUUGUUUGGGGAACAGGAUUUCAUUAUUUUUAUCUACAUUUCUGCCUGAGAAAUGACACCCUGAUAUAGAUCUGUGAUAUACUUCUGUGAAUCACUGAGGCAUUGUGUGUUUGUGUGUUCUUUGUCCUCAGAACUUUCAAAUAACUUGAGGUGUUUUAUGAUUAAUAGUGAUGUUGUGCUUUUGGACACUGUCCUCAGGCUCCAGCUUUAUGUUUAUAUGUUUUUAUGUUGAUGUGCUAUUGUUUUUAAUUGUUUUUAUUUUAUUUGUAUAUUUAACUUAUUCUUGACUCUGUGGUUCUUGCACUUGUUUGGGGAACAGGAUUUCAUUAUUUUUAUCUACAUUUCUGCCUGAGAAAUGACACCCUGAUAUAGUUCUGUGAUCUGUGAAACAGUUCUGUUAAUCACUGAGGCAUUGUGUGUUUGUGUGUUCUUUUUCUUUAGAAUUUUCAAAUAAACUCGACGUUUUUUAUGAUAAAUAGUAAUGUUGUGCUUGUACUAUUUUGGACACACUGUCCUCAGGCUCCAGCUUUAUGUUGUAUGUUGAUCGUAUUAAAACAAAGAAAACAAUCUGAAGUUGUUGUUUUUAAGUUAUAUAUACCAUGAUUUUUCCGGUCCGGCCCACUUGGGAAUAGAUUUUCCUCCAUGUGGCCCCUGAGCUAAAAUGAGUUUGACACCCCUGACUUAGAGGAUAAAUCAUUAGGGAUUUCAAUCUGUCUCUUCCUCAGGUGUUUGAUAACUACGCGGUGACAGUGAUGAUUGGAGGGGAGCCCUACACUCUGGGGCUAUUCGAUACAGCAGGUAAAACAAAAUGGCCGCUCCGCUACAUGAGCUCUUCUUAACUACAGUGUCUUGAGCAUCUUCUCACUCACCAUGGUCUGCUUGUAUUACAUUCACAUUGUGCUUACAUUGGGAUUAUGGAUCGUGUUUCUCUCCAGCCAUCUAAGCGUUUUAACAUUGCAUGGGUAACUCACCUUGUGCACUAGCCUAUGUAGUGAUAGCAUGUACCAUGGUGUCUAAACACGUUUUUGUGUUUGUGAGUUAGUCUACAGAUGGUUAGUCCACUGAGCUCAAAUAUUAGCUAGAUAAUGUAGAGUUCAUUGUGUAGUUGUCUUAUCUAGGCUUGUUCUUGCAUAGGAAAGGUAGCCUUGAUGUAAACUCCUAAAAUGUUUCUCUCUCUGUUGCCCUCCUAAGGUCAGGAGGACUAUGACAGACUGCGACCGCUCAGCUACCCCCAGACAGACGUCUUCCUUGUGUGUUUCUCUGUCGUAUCGCCCUCCUCCUUUGAGAACGUCCGCGAGAAGGUGUGUGUGUAGAAUAUAACUUUAUUGUCCAUUGGUUAGAACAGAAAUGUGUCUUCUGCCUUUCCCAACACCCCCAGAUAUAUACACACAAACACAUACGUGACUUGUGUUUUCUAGCCCAUGUCUUCACACCCGUGUUUCUCUAUAAACAUAGCAUUAUGUUCCUCUUCCGUGUGUUCUUUCUCUCCCCUCCCUCUUUCUCCAUUACUCACUCCUGCAUAAAAUGAUAUAUAACAUGAAACCCUCCCAUACUCAAUGGAUUUAAUAUACUGCAGGAUCAGAACCAAAUAUGCCCUCCUCCUCUCCCACAGUGGGUCCCAGAGAUCUCCCACCAUUGUCCGCGUACGCCCUUCCUGCUGGUGGGAACCCAGAUGGACCUGAGAGACGACAGCAACACAGUGGAGAAACUGGCUAAGAACAAGCAGCGGCCCCUGGCCCCCGAGAGCGGAGACAAGCUGGCCCGGGACCUCCGGGCCGUCAAAUAUGUGGAGUGCUCCGCCCUCACCCAGGUGUGUGUGUGUGUGUGUGAGAGAGAGAGAGACACAAUCUCUAUCUACUAAGUCUGGCCCUCAUUCAGGGAAACAGGAAAUGGUGGGUGUAAGUGGCUUGUGUGGUUUCUGAAAAGUAACUUCCUCUAACUUCCUCUCACACUGUUCUCCUUUGUGUUGAUAGAUGUCAUACUUGGAACUAUUAGCGGAUGAUGGCUACUGUUGACAGCAUUUCAUAGUGCCAUCUUGUGCAACUGUGGACAUUGUGAAACUAGGAUAGUGGGUCAAUAAGUAAAUUGACUUGACUUACUUAUUCCUCUCUUUUUCCCCUCUCUCUCUCUCACAGCGAGGUCUGAAGAACGUGUUUGAUGAGGCCAUCCUGGCCGCGCUGGAGCCGCCAGAGACCAAGCCCAAGAAACGCUGCGCACUCUUAUAA